ACCCUGUGGGAUGUGACCCCUCACCAUCCUCCCAGGAUGGUGCCACGGGGGCUGGCCUGGGGGCCCUGGGCCCUUUCCCUCGGAGAAUUUGGCUCUGGUGCAGCUUCAAGCUCAGAUUCCCGGCCUUGCGCUGGCUCCGAGUCCGGUGGCGGCUCUGGGAGAAGGAGCCGCCGUGCCCGGGGUGUGCCACGUUCUGUGUCCCCGCAGUGGUGCUACAAGAGGGAGUGUGUGCCCUUCGGGACGCGGCCGGAGGGCGUGGACGGAGCCUGGGGGUCCUGGUCCUCGUGGGGCGAGUGCAGCCGGACGUGCGGCGGUGGCGUGUCCUCGUCCGUGCGCCACUGCGACAGCCCCAGGCCCACCAUCGGAGGGAAAUACUGCCUGGGAGAGAGGAAACGCUACCGCUCCUGCAACACCGAC